AUGAGCCUACUCGACGAGUUCCCCCACCUACAGACUGUAGUCGACUCCAAGCUACUCCGAGUGCGCAAGAUACUACAAAACGUUUGCGCCAAGAAAGGCGGCGGGGUGGUAGUGAACCAGGCAGCUGCGUGCAUCAAGGAUUACAUCAAUCAAAUGCUUAUGUAUAUCUAUAAGAGCGCGACCUCAUGCAGCGACUAUCAAGACGCAUCCCUGUUAGCCUUGUUGUGGUAUCUGCUUGGAUGGGCAUCCGACUUGGCAAUAGUGCGAAAGAACAACGUGUCCAUUGAUGCUGGCGGUGUGUUUUUCCUACGCUUCGUACGAGUUAAGAUGAGCGAGGAACAGGGACUGUCCAUAUUCCCGGAUAAUGACUUCCUUAAGUGUCUGUUGCUGGCGAAGGCGUUGGCAACCAUUUGUCAAGGCGGGCCAUAUGCAAACGACAUCGACAAAUUAUUAACUCAGUCUUCAUCCUCAGCUUCGAGCCUUAGCCCAACAACUGCAUUGAUCGAGGUACUACGUAAUCAUGGCGUUAUUGAGUUCGACAAGGAAGAGUCAACGACCAAGAGCACACCUACUAUUCACAGCCACGUCAAUCGAAUUCUUGGACGUAUCGGUGAACCCUUCGGUGUUGAGCAGAAGCUGUCGUCACAUUUCUUUCGUCUCGGGGGGGCACAGCGUGCCAAUGGCUCGGAGCACUUGACGGCAAGGUGGAUCUUCGAUCGUCGGGCGUGGAAUAUUUCGGCCACCAACAAGGGCUUCAACUACAUAUUCAACACGCCAAGCGAAGAUCAAAAGGUCGCCAAGCACCUGAGCGGUUGGACGACAUCCGAAGCUGUCCCUCUUAUUUUCCUGGAUAUUUUCGACGCCCAAAGUCGGGAUCGUAUUCGUGACAUCCAAACCCACCUUUUCGCGGCGUGUUAUGGCCUCGAUGGACCUACACUCAACCUCAACCGACGUGUGGUGGACACACUCACGGCCUACCUGUUUCGCCACUACCUCCGUUUGAAGGAGCUCAAUGCGCAUGGGCCUGCUGUACUUCGCCUGGAAGCGUGCACGCGGCUUGCGGGUUGCUGCGAAAUAGACCUGCUGGCGUGGUCAUCGCACUUGACGACAGCACCAACGAACCAACAAUCGCCCGAGAGGCUGCAACAACACCCAACAUCAACGUCUGAGACCGCCGAACAAGGCCUCAUUCGUCACCAGGCAGCCCUCAUCGAAAGCUUUAUUGAGGUGGGGUGGCGCCAAGAAGAACGGCUCCAAGCUCUGGAUGCAAAGUUGGAAGGUCGCGGCGACUACAAGAAACGAGAAUCCGUGAGCCUCAAAACCACUGACACGAUCCCCGCUACGAAGAAACACCAUCAGGCUCUGCGACUCCCGCAGCAGCACCAUUCAUUUGACAUGAAUUGCAUGACUGGCCCGCAUCCGCGCGACGAGGAAACCAGCUCUGAGAUAGCAAGUUCACCCAGUUAA